AUGAUCAGUGCAAGCAUUGACGUAAAAGAUGUUGCCACCAAGGAGCCUCAGGACUUCGAACUCACGCGACAAGAGCUCCAAGAGCUCCAAGAGCGUCUCUUCGUCCAGAAAGAAACGCUGAGGUCUGAAAAGGUCGACCAGCCCCGAACAGUCUGUACACACGAUGACUGCAUCGAGAUUCGCACUGAUAUCGAAGGUAAAACAGACAUUGCUACCACGAUCUACAAAACCGCCUGCCAUCCAGGCUGUUGCCUAAAAAGCGUCGAUCGAAACAAGAAAGGUCACCCGGAAUUACAGAAGUGCUGGGCAAUGGAAGCAAACGGCAUUUGUCACCAGUGUGGCCACUCCUGGAUGGAUCAUAUGCACAUCUACUACACAUAUGUGCCAACGACCUACCAGCACCGAGACGCGGCGAUAGACAGGGAUCUGACCGAGAAUGCUGGUGUCAUACACCUUAAAGAGGAAGCCAUCCGUAUGAAGAAGGAAGCUAUCCAAGAAUUCCAUUUGGAACACGCCAUCACCCCCCACAAUGGCGCCACUGUCGAAUACCUUGACAUGCUCAUCGAUCAGGAGCGACAGAAAAUGCAAGUCGGUGGAUCAAAGCAGCGCCAUGAGAAGCUCCAGAAGCAAAAGGCCGGUUAUCUUCAGAAAGUGGAAGUGCUCGAGAAAGCCAUGAAGCAGGGCGACGAGUCCGAACUUCUGGACGACAAGGGUGUGGCACAGUUGGUCGACAGUCUUUACGCACUGCCUCAUUUUGGGAAUGACCUCCGGAACAUCGUCAAGAUACAGGAGAGCGCGGCUGAGUCUUCGUAUCGAGAGCGGUCUUACAAUGUCUCAGGUGGAGUUGGCUUUCGUCGACGACGACGGAUGAACCGGGCUCAGAAGGAGGAAGGCGGAAAUGGAGAUCAUGGGGAGGGAUCUUGGGCGGGUAACACCAUUCCAGCUUAUAAGUUAUGA